AUGAAGGCCCUUGGAAUCUUUGAAGAUGUGGAGUUGGUCCUCAAGAACAUGCACUUGGCCAAGUUCUUCUCCUACCACAUGGAAUCCUACAAGGAGCUCACUUGCGAGUUUAGCUUCAAUGAGGGAGAGAAGAGAAUGGUGACCUUUAGGCAGUUGGAGAUCUUUUUGGGUUCACUAUGGAGAGGGAACCAUGGAACUCAAGGAGGAUGA